AUGUCUCUGCGUAUGUUUAAGCGACAGCCGCCAAAGCUUCUGGCACAGUUUCUCGUGUCAUUGCUGUGGGGUAUCGUGCCACUGUCAUGGGUCUAUGUGAUCCUGUACGUGGGUGUGCGUAUGGCUCAUGAGCGCCGUACAGGAGUGCUGCUCCGAAUGCUUCUUCAUGGUACGAUGCCGAGAGAAGUAUUGUUGCGUCCAUGGCUUGCCAACUUCCUCAGGAAGCGGUUUGCGUUCUUCUGGGCAUCCCUAGAGGUGUGUUUCUCCAUAUACUACCGGCAUUUGGUGCGUCGGAUCCAGGGCCGUCGACGAACGUCGAGCCCCAACUCGCACACAAGAAUCAUUCGUGCUUUGGGUAUGUCGGUCGUUGAUGGACUAGACGAUGACAGCCUGUUAGCGAAUCCACGUGAUACGCAAAAGUUCCCGAAACUGAAAGAGGCGCUUGCGCGUGAUGAUCCACGCGCGAUUGCCUUCCGCAAAGAAAUGGGCGGCUGGUUCCUUGGCAUCCGGCCUGAGGAUAUUACUCGUUUGGAUGUGCUCAACUGGCUCGCAUGGUCGAUCUUUGACAAAUACUAUGACGAAGUCGUGCUGUUUGACUCGCCGAAGCACGAGAUGCAGCUGUUUCUUCUUGAUGUGCUGCACACGUUUGAACAACGUCGUGGACUGCGGUUCCCCGACCGUGCGGUGCUCUCGCCAAUUGAAGAAAAGAGACGCCGUACCAUGAUGCUGACACUUGAUCCUGUCGAUGUGCACACACGUCCGCUCCUAUUGUACAUUCUCAUUUUUGGACUGAAUCGAGCUGUGCAUGCCGUUUUGAACAUGUAUGGAAUGCGGCGUAUGCGAAUGCACGGCAUCACGUAUUUAUUGUACAUGCCGCCUGGAUGGAGUGUUGAAGCAGCCUGCAAAGGAGAAGCACUACGUCCCGUCAUGUUCCUUCAUGGCCUAGGCCUGGGCUUGUCGGAAUACGUCCUUCCGCUUUUCACGAUGCUUCGUCCGAACGGUGUGCCGGCGUCGUACCCGAUCGUGGUGCCACUACAGCCUUGGAUCUCGUACGAGUUCUUCUCGCCGCGUUUUCUGAGACCAUGGCAACAUGAGGAGGCAGCGAAUGUCGUUCGCAGUAUUCUUGAGCUGCAUCAAUUCGACAAGUGCAAGGUUCAUGUGCUCUCGCACAGCAUGGGCACUAUCGUGCAUACGUGGUUCCUGCGGACGUGGUCGUCGCUGAUUGCUCGCUCGGUCUUUGUUGACCCUGUGUGUUUCCAGCUGUGGGAACCGCAUAUUUGUUAUCGCUUCCUUUACAAGCCAACGGAGUCGUUCAUCGAGUUCGUGCUCCGGUACUUUGUGGCACGUGAACUUGGCAAUGCCAAUUUGCUCAUGCGCUACUUUGACUGGACGGCAAACGUACUUGUUUGCGACGACAUCCCUGAACAUCAUGAUCCCAAGCAUGUACGAGUUUACUUGGCUGGCGCUGAUACCGUUCUUAAUGCUUGGCGUGUUCAGCACCUGCUUAAGCGCUCGGGUAUGCAGGAUGUCAUUCAUUACGAUGCGAAUUUGCAUCACGGCGAACUGAUCAUGGCUCCAGGGCAUCGUGUGAAGGAAAUGCUCGACAUGCUCCAUGCUCUCUAA